AUGAAUAUUGGUGAGAGACAAAAUCAUUAUAAAUUAAUGGAAGCAAUGAUAGGAAACAUUGGGUUUACGACCUUUCCACUUUCGUUUUCCUGCCUUCGCUGCACGGAAACGCUUCCAAGGAAUACGAGGAUCGAUACCUUCGAAUCGCGUAAUAAAUGGAUUGAAAUCGAGGGUUUUAUUGAAAUAGUUCACUGGAGAGUUGAAGCACAUCUGCUCUUCCGGUUGGAAAGGACGUUUGCAAAGUUUGCAGAAUCUGUUUGCGGAAUCCAUCGCUUUGAACGUACGCAACAUUUUCCACGGGCAUCAGUUUUCAUACCUGCGAGAAAGCGUACGUGACUAAAGCGAUGACCCCUCUCCAUAGAUAAUUUCCCGGGAAUAAAGGGACGCUAGAAGUCCACAUACUCGCAAAGUCG